AUGUCGAUGGAAAAGCAAGAUCAGGCCUUGCUCCAGGAGCUCGAUGCCUUACCCGAAGAGAGGCUGCAAGCCCUUGAAUGCAUUCGAUAUCAAAAGAAAAAGGUUGAGUUGACCUUCUGGAAGCACGUGAGGCCCCAGACUUUCGAGAAAGGUGAUAUGGUCUGGAAGGCCGUCCUCCUGGAAGGUCCCAAACAUGCGAAGCUAGGGAAAUGGUCCCCCACAUGGGAAAGGCCAUUUAUUAUAUCGGCCAAGUUAUCCAAUGUCGCGUAUAGGUUGAUGGAGCCCAAAGGGGAGAAGCUGAAGACAUUUAUUAAUGGAAAACAUCUUAAAAGAUUCUAUCAUUCUCUUUGGGAGCUAGAAGGAGUGCACAGUCAGACGAUCGUUGAAUGCGAUCUUGCGGAAGGAGAAAAAGCAUAUGGACAAGCCGAGUAA